UUUAAAGAAGUAUUACAAUAUAUAACUGAUAUGUGUUUAGUCUUUUCUGUUCUGUGUUUUAAAGUUGGCAUGCGACUAUGAUACGGUCAUUAGAUGUUCGUCUUAAUAACUAAGAGCGAAUGGAUAGUUAUGAAAUUCUGAACUGGACUUAUUGCCUGAAUUACUACUGUAUUAAAAUUAUAUAAGUUUUUCUUCAUAGUAAGUACAGUGAGUUGCUUAGCGAUGUAAAUAGAACCAAGCGUAUACAGUUCAACUGACAACAUUUUUUCAUCAUAAUUGUACACCACUGUGGAAUAAAAUAAACUGAAACUGUGUUUCGUGGAAUCAGAAAGAGCAAAAAGAGAAUAUGGUACUGAGAAAAGUUAAACGCCAACUGAAACUGCUGCUGAUUGCGGGGGUGUUGUUCAUUGUUGUCGUCUCGCUCAAAUUAUCUCUUGACCAAACCAAUAUUUUUUUACCAUUCGAUGGCAGUGUUGAUCUUUCCUUCCGCCAACUUCUGCAAGCGGACAUGACGUGGACUAAUUCAAGACAUGCGCAUUUCCAACUUCCCGGCCGUAUCGUGGAGCCUAAUGGUAAAAGCAACAUUGAUCCAAAGACCACCCAAAAGCCACAACCUCUAGUGAAAAUAUCUGACGGGUACAAUCUGGCUACGAGAAUAAGAGACAAGUGCGCGGGACCAGCCAGUCGGAAUUCAAGCGCUAAAUCCACUGCUCGGUUAUCCUUACGCCAGCCACAGUUGGGAACGUACCGGUCCGGAGGGACUGAACUAUGUAUCAUCUGGAAGGUCGGAACUACGUUUGUCAAGCGUCUGUUUAUGAUGCAGAAAUUGCCAAAAUACAACAAUUUGAUAAAUCCGUAUGAUAUAAGCUUUGAUGAGGAUCUGCAAGGACAAAAGUUAUCCAUCGAUGCAUCAUCGCGAUUUAUGUUUGUGCGGGAUCCGUACAAGCGGCUUGUAUCAGCAUAUGUAGAUAAAUUGUUAGCGCCAAAUCCCGUAUACUGGAAGAUAAUAUCUGUGAAGGCUAUUCGCCUUUUACGAAAAAAUGCCACUAAACUAAGUCGACAAUGUGGUCAUGAUCUUACGUUCCGCGAGUUUAUACAAUACGUCAUAUUGACGUUAGACGCAAAUGUCUUGAAGACACCAGCUAGGCCUGAUGGUCAUUUUUUAAUUCAGACAGACAUAUGUGGACCUUGUAGUAUUAAAUACGACUUUGUUGGGAAAAUGGAAAGCUUUGGAGUUGAUUCGCUUGAGUUAAUGCGUAAAAUGAAACUUACAAAUGAAACCAUUGAUCUAUUAAAAAAGAACGGUAGCGCUCUAGCGGCCGAGGAUGCAAUUAAAGACUCUUGCCACCAGCCAUUCGACCUUGGGUUCAAAAAAGACUAUUUAAAAUGUUUAAGCUUCUACGAAGCACUCAAACGAGCUUGGCUGAAAAUGCAAAUGCGGGGCCUGAUUGGCCCGGAGGAAAUGCCCCUGACAGAGGCGCAAUCCACGACCUUGACUUUGGAGCAGUUUUAUCAGAUGGCAAUGCAAUCCAGGAAUGCGUGUCCUUCACCUGAUAGGAAUAAGAUGCAGCGCGAUCACUUCCUUAAGUUUUUCGCAACUAUUAACGCACAUGAGAUGGAGAAAAUACGUCUUAUUUAUGCUCAAGAUUUUAAUCUAUUUGAAUAUGACGAUCGACCGUCAGAAUUAUUUCAUUCCUGACAUGUUCAUGUAAUAUUUAAUAGAUUACCAUGAGUUAUUUAAUACCUGAUUUAUAAUCACGUGAUUCCUUAUUUGUUAUCACGUGAUAUGUAUCUGUAACCAUGCGUUAUUCCAUUCAUGAAAUAUACUCAUGUGAUACUAAUUUAUUAUCAUGCGGUCUUCCAUUUCUGAUAUGUCGUUUUGGUAUUUACCUUGUGCCUCUUAAAAUGAGACGUAUUCGAUGGUAUGUGUGUUGUCUUAUGGAUCCGCUAGAGAAAUAUAUACAGAGUACGUCAUAAAAUAUCUUAUAGGUAACAAUAUUUCCUCUAUUUUCUAUGGUGAAUUAAACAAUUUACACGGUAGUGGUUUUUAGAUUUUCCCGACCUCUUACAGCAUAUAAUUCCAUCUGUGUACUAAACAUGAAGAAAUUAAAUAAAAAACGUUCAGUGUCAAAACGAAAACAUAUAAUGUGUUGAAAGUUAUCAAUUUAAGUAAGGGUGAAAGGCCGAAACUGUCCAUUAUGUCAGAGAAAUAGCAGUCCGAGGCACGCAGUUCAGAGGCUGUUUGUUUUCGCUG